CGCAGCGCGGUGAGUCCCGGACUGGUCCCAGUGACCCCAAACUGGCACCAGCGACCCCAAACUGGUCCCGAUCGGCCCGGAACUGCCCCCAGACCCUGCCCCGUAACCCCGAGCUGGUCCCAGUAACCCCGAGCUGGUCCCAGUAACCCCGAGCUGGUCCCAGUAUCCCCGUACUGGUUCCAGCAUGCCGGACUGGUCCCGGCUCCGCGCCGGCCCCAGCGACCCCCAGAAUCCUCCCAGUCCCCCCCAGUAUCCCCCAGUGCCCCCUCUGGCCCCUCCCAGUGAGCCCCAGUAGCUCCCAGUGCGCUCGGUCCCCCCAAUCUGCCCCCCAAAGUACCCAAAAUCCCCCCAGUGCCCCCCAAAUCCCCCCGGCCCCCCCAGUGUGAGCCGGUGCCGCCCAUGUCCCGUGCCCGUGUUUUGGGGGGCUGUGCGUGGCUCCUGGGGGCCCUGGCCCUGCUCCAGACCCUCUACCUGCGCUCGCUGCCGCCCCCUCCCCACCAUUCCCGCGCCCCCCAUCCGCACCCGCGCCCGCCCAGGGGGGUCCUGGACGCCUCGGGGUCGUUCCGGGUGUUCUGGGACGUUCUGGGGGCGCCCCCGGGCUGGGCCCGCGCCCCCCGCCCCGAGCUGGUGCUGGCGGCGCACGGGAGCCCCGGGCGGGCGGCGGCGGCGCUGGGGGGGUCCCGGUCCCGGGGCGGCGCCUGGGGGGGGCCGCUGUCCCUGGCGGUGUUUGGGGAGCCCCGGGGGGGGCUCCAGGAGCUGCUCGGGGCCCUGGGCGGGCCCUGCCGGGCCCUGAGGGGGCGGCUCAGGCUGCAGGUGGUGCAGGGGGCGGCGGGACCCCCGCCCCGAGUGCCGCCCCCCCAGAGCCCCCCCCAGAGAUGGCCCGGGGGGUGCCGGGGGGCCCUGGCCCGGCUGGCGGCCGCCGACCCCCCCAGUUACGCUUUGGGGGCGCCGUACCCCGGGAAUCUGCUCAGGAACGUGGCCUGGCAGGGGGCGGCGGGGGGCGGGCCCGGGCCGGGACCCCCGCCCCAGUUCUGGGGGCGCUUCGUGCUCAUGGUGGACGCGGACGUGGAGCCGAGCCCGGGGCUGCGCGAGGGGUUCCUGGAGCUGCUGCGGAGCGGGGGCCUGGACCCCAAAAACUGGGGGGGACAGGACCCCAAAAACUGGGGGGAACAGGACCCCAAAAACUGGGGACGGGAGCCCCCAGACGCGGGGGAACAGGACCCUAAAAAUGGGGGCGCUCAGGGGGAUUUGGGGAACCCCAAAACUUUGGGGGCUCCCGUCCCCCAAAGUUGGUUGGGGGUCCCCAACACCUCGGGGGUCCCCAAUAGCCUGAGUGACCCCAAUGCCCAGAGUGACCACAACACUCUAAGUGACCCCAAAACUCUGGGUGACCCCAAUGCCCUGAGUGACCCCCACACCCCGAGCGCCCCCCACACCCCGAGCGCCCCCCAGGCCGGCGGUGCCCCCCCCUGGGCCCGGGCCCUCUUUGUCCUCCCGGCCUUUGAGCUGCGGGGCUCGGGGCCCCCCCCGGGCUCCAAGGCGGAGCUGCUGCGGCUCUGGGGGGCGGGGGAGGCCCGGCCGUUCUACGGGGGGCUCUGCCCGCCCUGCCAGGCCCCCACCGCCUUCGGCCGCUGGCGGGGGCUGCCCCCGGCCCCCCCGGGCCCCCCCCGGCUGCGCGUGGCCUACGAGGUGCCCUGGAGGGACCCCUGGGAGCCGUUCUACGUGGCCCCCGCCCGCGGCGUGCCCCCCUUCGACGAGGGCUUCCUGCAGUACGGCUUCAACCGCAUCAGCCAGGCCUGCGAGCUGCACGUGGCCGGGUUCCGGUUUGCGGUGCUGGACGGGGCCUUCGUCACCCACCGGGGCUGGAAGGAGCCGGGCGGGUUCCACGAGGGGCGCGAGGCCGAGCUGGGCCGCAACCGCCAGCGCUUCCGGGAGUUCAAACAGGGGCUCAAACUGAAAUAUCCCAACUCCCCUCGGCGCUGCUGAGCACCUGAGCACACCUGGGAACCCCCAUACACACCUGGGGACAGCGGGGACACCUGGGAACCUCCCAAUGGACACAUGAAGGACCUGUCCUGUACACCUGGGGACUCCUGACGGAGUUGGGGACACACCUGGGACACCUGAGGACCUUCCAGUGGACAUCUGGGGACACCUGGGGACCCUCCAUGGACACCUGGACGCCCCCUGGACCUGGGCAUGACCGUCCCUCAGUAAAUUUGGCCACCUACCCAUGA